AUGAAGGAAGACCAAUUACCAUCUUCCCACCAUCACCACACCAACAAUAACAAGAAACCAAGAUUCGUAUUCAGAUUCUUGAAUUCUCCAGCUCUGUACGUUAUCCUUUUAUUACUAUCCUACGCCCUAGGUUACUUAUCAGCUCCAAGCGCCCGCUCUCCACCACGGCCUUUACCAUCUCCAGAAAUCUUGAAAGUCGACGGUGAUAACGUCAAAACUCAUCUCGACAACUUCCGGGUCAAGACUCAGUGUGCCAAACCCCUUCCACCCCAACUUGUCCAUCAAACAGUUCUUCACCGAGUUUACAACGCGACGUCACCGUAUGACAAUUUCCCUCCUGCGUACGUUAGCGGCCUCCUUAGAGAGAAAAACUCAAGGGAUGGGGCUCGUACGGUGAAGUUUUUGAACACCUUAUCCAAAAAGUGA